CUUUAAAGUCUAAACGUACGCUGCGCCUACUUUACUACGAACGCCUAUUGAGUGAGAGAUCGACAAAGUAAAAAGAUCAAGUGAUGUAAAACACGAGAGAGAGAGUGAAGGUAGGGAUAGCUAGGACUUCAUCGAUGUUGGAAGUUUGGAGCUGUAUGAGUUUGUGAAAGAAGAUCUGUUCACACCGGUGAUCCAACACAACACAUACACUGUACAUGCUGAUACAGAAUGCCCAGCUUUGAGAUACUGCCCUGACUUCAAGUAGGUGGUGCUGUCCAAGUUACCAAGAAGCUGAACACAUAAAAAGUAUCCAGUCCUGUGUUAAGACACUCCAAUAACUUAACUUUAAUCUGUUGUAAAGUGCCAGGAAACAGAAAGCUGGACUAAAAACAAAAAAGCUUACAUGUACAUGUAGCCAAUUGGUUGAAUAGUGGAAGUGGAAGAAGUAAGCUACACUUUACAAAUCAGCAGUUCGAUUGCCAAUUUGACUGGACCUUACUGAUCAAGAGACUCACACUUUGGAACACAAGAUGAGCAAAAGAGUGAACACGACGGCUUCGGCAAGGCUAAAGCAGGACUACAUGAGACUCAAGAAAGAUCCUGUCCCUUACGUUACAGCCGAGCCUUUGCCAUCAAAUAUCCUGGAAUGGCAUUAUGUUGUACGAGGCCCCAAGGAAACUCCUUACGAGGGAGGACUAUACCAUGGAAAGCUGGUGUUUCCCAGGGAAUUCCCCUUCAAACCUCCUAGCAUUUACAUGACCACACCCAACGGAAGGUUCAAGACCAAUACAAGGUUAUGUCUGUCUAUUAGUGAUUUUCAUCCCGACACUUGGAAUCCAGCCUGGUCUGUAUCCACCAUCCUAACCGGUUUACUCAGCUUCAUGGUCGAAAAGAACCCGACAUGGGGCAGCAUAGAAACAACAGACUUUGUUAAAAGGCAAUUUGCUCAUGAUAGCGGAGCCUUCAAUAUAAAAAAUUCAACAUUUUUAGAGCUCUUCCCAGACACCGCAAAGGAGAUAAGGCAGAGAAUAAAGAAAGAAGAAGAGGAUCUCAAACAGCGGUCCGAAUCCAACGCCAACAGGUCCCCGGACCACAGUCAGAUGAGGACAAGGACGAAUAACUUUAACGCCCCCGCGGAACGACCCGCUGGGAUCGUCGGUAGCACCAUGGCCAACGUGCUCGUUAUCGUGGGCUUUGCUGCGUUUGCAUGGACAGUCAAAUAUGUACUGCGUAGCAUAGCCAACACAGACUGAUAGGGAACAUGGAAUUUUGCAACGGACAUUUAAUUUGUAAGCGAAGCUGGUGGAAUUUUGAGAGGGGUAUUUGUAACAAGGACAGAGCUUUAUUCACAAACGUGUCCUAGGUACAAGUUCCCUGACAUCCCACUGAAAUGUGUGCAUUAAAAUCUGAAUGCGUUUCAGUGGGAUAUUUAUGGUUAACGUCCUGUAGCAAGAUAUCAGUCUACAUUUGCCACACUUGUCUCAGAUGAAGUAAAUGGGUAGCAGUAGGAAGUAAUUCCUUGAAUGCUACAGCCAAGAAAAGUAAUCUACAGGUCUUUAGAAGCCCAAAGACAUUGAUGAAAAUGUGUGAUAUGUGAAGAUAAUUACAAGAAGUGAACAUACUUGUAGUUACUAUGAAUCAUUAAUUUCAUUGUAAGUAUGCCAGGUAUUUGGUGUAAUAGAUUAUUCAUCAUCUUCACUACAGACAGUCAUGGUUGUUUUGAUAACCGUAGAGAAGUGGUCUCGUAACUGGGAGGUCAUUGGUUCGCAAUCAAGUCAAUAUGCUCAUGCCCUUUGGUAUUAAGGCAUUAAUCUGUAUUACUGAGUCCCUCAGAAAGGACCUAAAGCCAUCUGUCCAUUUGCUACUUACAUACAAACAUACAAAUGCUUUCUAUCAGUCUCAUGACAAUUUAUAGAGAAUGAAUUUGGGCUACUAUUUGAUAUGAAGGGAAUCCAUGCAGAUGGUCCAAUCUGACACUUGCUUUAUUGUCAUCUGUUCUUACUAUCUUUGCUCCAGUGAUAUUUACUUUGAUGACAUUUGGUCAGGGAUUUAUUUCUUCAAAAUUGUUUGGUUAGGGUUAGGUUUAAAGCUAGGUGUAGUGCUAUGUCCAGGGAUGCAUUUGGUUAUGACAAGCAAAUUGACUGUGGGCAAGUAUUGUGAAGUGAAUCCUCUUCCAGAAAGUGCCAAGCAGAUAACCUGACAGUCUGACACUUGCCUUUUUGCCAUCUGUUCUUACAAUAUUUGGUCUGGCGACAUUUGGUUCGGUGAUAGUUGGUCAGGGCUUUAUUUCUUCAGUUAUUUUGGGUUAGGGUUAGGUUUCAGGUUAGGUGUAGUGUUUGGUGCGGGUUGAAGUUGGUGUAAGGAAUAGUUAGCCGAGCAAUGAUAGCCGGAGCAUGUGUCAAUGAACAGUCGUGCAAAGGCCUACAGUAAACGACUAAAUUAUUCAUACCCUUACCAAUUUUUUGUUUUUAAGUAUGUGGAAAAUUGAUUUAUCCCGAUUUGUGUUUCUUGAGAAUGUGACGUAUUGAAGCUAACAUUGAAAAGUAUUCAUCAAAGGCCCUAAUUCAACCAGUCCACCUUUCAUUCCAGAGUUACAAAA